AUGCAAUUGCACCACAUGCUGGGAACAGAUUUUUGUGCAGCCUAUCUCUCUCACUCGGACAUGGCGUCGACGAUCAACCUAAUUCCGAUCACCGAUCAUCCCCAUCUCUCUAAAUCUCUAAUUAAAGCCGUCCCUUUAUUCCUCCCUUUGCCCCUGAACCGUUCUCUUACCUUUUGUUCCUUCAAAACAAAAGUACUAACACCAUUAUCGUCAUCACGUCAAAACGCUGUGAGCGAGCAAGCUGUAGAUUCUUUUAUUUCUGAUUCUACUGGAAAUUCCGAAAAUACCCCUUAUUCCACCUCAUCUAAGCUCGUUCUUGUUGUUGGUGGCACCGGCGGCGUCGGGCAAUUAGUCGUGGCAUCACUUCUUGACCGUAAUAUCAAAUCGCGGCUUUUGCUCCGAAAUCCCGAGAAGGCCGCCUCUCUAUUUGGUGAACAAGAUGAUAGUAAAUUACAGGUGUAUCAAGGUGACACACGGAACCCAAAGGAUUUGGUUCCUGCUAUAUUUGAGGGCGUCACACAUGUUAUAUGCUGCACAGGAACUACAGCCUUUCCUUCUAGAAGAUGGGAUGGUGAUAACACACCUGAAAGAGUAGAUUGGGAAGGCGUGAGAAACUUAGUAUCUGCAUUACCUUCUUCUUUGAAAAGAUUGGUUCUGGUUUCUUCUAUAGGAGUCACCAAGUUCAACGAACUUCCCUGGAGCAUCAUGAAUGUAUUCGGUGUUCUAAAAUAUAAGAAAAUGGGAGAGGACUUUGUUCGGAAUUCUGGUCAUCCAUAUACUAUAAUCAGGCUAACUGACGGGCCCUACACGUCUUAUGAUCUCAAUACUCUACUCCAAGCCACUGCUGGUGAACGUCGAGCUGUGCUUAUGGGUCAAGGGGAUAAACUAGUUGGAGAGGUUAGUAGGCUUGUAGUUGCAGAAGCUUGCAUACAGGCACUGGAUAUUGAUUUUACCGAAGGCGAAAUAUAUGAAAUCAACUCGGUACAGGGUGAAGGGCCGGGAAGUGAUCUCCAGAAGUGGCAAGAGUUAUUCAGAGCUGCACAGAAGCAAGUCUGAUAUCCUGAUUUUUACAGUAUUCAAAGGGUAUCAUAAUCCCCGUCGAAAGAUAGCAUGCAGCUGAAUUAUAGUAUGCAUCUAUACUUAAACUUCAUCUAUAAAUACACAAGACAUAAUGAAGAUAUACGAAGAGAUUGAAAUGCAGAAAUUCCAGUGUGUUCACGUGGGGUUACGAGGAUUUGAGUUACUCAUGUCAAGCCCGCUCAGCUGCAUAAUGUAUCAUCUACUUGCUAAUUAAGAGAUGGCAAUUAAUCCAAUUAAGCCUUCUCAUUCAGAUACGAUGAUAACUGAUUAUAUAAAUUACAAUGUUUUGAAGUUCAAUUGUUUAUGAAUAUUUUAUUUUAUAUGUAUGUUAAACCUAAGACCGUUUUAAGAUGAAUAUAUAAUUUGAUAUAUUGUAUUUGAAAAGAUG